AAAGGGGAAGUGAGCUGCCGCCGGAGCGAUGGCCCGGGUCUGGAGCCCGCGGCCGCCUCCGCCGCCUUCGCCACCAGUGUGUCGAGAGCAGCCGCGGCCGGAGCUGGGGCCGGAGUCGCGGCUGGAGAGGGGGCGGCGCGUGUGAGUUGCCGAACAUCUCAAACUCCGCUGGGGCGCUUCAGGCGGGCAGAGCAGCGGCCGCCCCUUCGGCACCGCACCCCCCCCCCCCCCCCGCCGGCCCGGACAGCAGGGCUGGCGUUUCCCCGGCCACGGGACCGGCUCCGAACCAGACUCCCAUCAGACUCAGGACAGAAGCCACAGAACGGUAUCAUCCCAAGCUCCAGCCGGCUCCCUGACCUCGACCUUCUCUUGGCGUCUAGGCGGUGUCAGGGUUGUGGCGGCUGAGCCUCCUCCGGCCGCCACCUCCAGCCGAGGACCAGCGAGCUCCCACUGUGCUCUGCGUCUCCUCCUCUCCUCCCAUUCAAGAACAAGUUUCUUUUCGCUUUCCAUUGCAAAUCCCUUCCCGGAGGUCCAAAGUACGCGUUCCGUAUGCCCUUCCUUCCCCAGCCCCUGCACAUACUUUUGGCCGCUUAUCUGGAGUAAUUGACAUAACUUUUUAUUAGUCUUUGGAAGAUAAAAAUUGCCCCAUUUCACUCUAAACUGACACUCCAUGCCCAGGGUUUUGUCCAUUUGGAUCACGGGCUCCUUGACCACCUCUAUGUAACUUCCCCUACCCUUCUGAGUUCCAAUUUCCUUUGGGCUUCUGUUCUCCAACUCCCAGCGGAUCUGGUCAGUCCCACCUCUGGGUGGGAGUGAUCAGAGGCCUCUGGCCCAAGAUUUCCCACCCUGGAAGGUAGCGCCAAAGUAGCAAGAGAAUUGGGCGUCGGGUACGAACCUGGCAGCUCAGGAGUGGGUGCUCCACUCACCCCACACAAGAAGAUGAAAAAGCGCAAAGAGCUCAAUGCACUGAUCGGCUUGGCUGCAGACAGCCGGAGAAAGAAACCCAAGAAAGGCCCAAGCAGCCACCGUUUGCUUCGCACUGAGCCUCCUGAUUCAGACUCAGAGUCCAGCUCAGAAGAGGAAGAGGAAUUCGGUAUAGUUGGAAAUCGUUCUCGCUUUAUCAAAGGAGACUACUUACGCUGCUGCAAGAUCUGUUAUCCCCUCUGUGCUUUUGUCAUCCUCGCGGCCUGUGUGGUGGCCUGUGUUGGCUUGGUAUGGAUGCAAAUUGCUCUCAAGGAGGAUCUGGAUGCCCUCAAGGAAAAGUUUAGAACAAUGGAAUCUAAUCAGAAAAGCUCAUUCCAGGAAAUUCCCAAACUUAAUGAAGACCUCCUAGGCAAACAGAAACAACUUGAGAAGAUUGAAUCUGGGGAGCUGGGCUUGAACAGAGUCUGGAUCAACAUCACAGAAAUGAAUAAGCAGAUAUCUAUGUUAACUUCUGCAGUAAAUCACCUCAAAGCCAAUGUUAAGUCAGCUGCAGACCUAAUUAGCCUGCCCACCACGAUAGAGGGACUUCAGAAGAGUGUAGCUUCUAUUGGCAAUACUUUAAACAGUGUCCAUCUUGCUGUGGAGGCAAUGCAGGAAACUGUGGAUGAACACAAGAAAACUCUGGAGUUCCUGCAGAGUGAUAUGAAUCAACAUUUCUUAAAGGACACCAAUGGAAGCAACCAGAUUGUUCCAUCACCAUCACCUUCAUCGGAACUUGACAAUAAAACCCACAGUGAGAAUUGGAAACAGGAUGUCCUGUACCUUCACAACUCUUUAGAGGAGGUAAACAGUGCCAUAGUGGGGUACCAGAGACAGAAUGAUCUUAAAUUCGAGGGGAUGAAUGAGACACUCACUAAUCUUACGCAGAGAGUCAACCUGAUAGAAAGUGAUAUGGUUGCUUUGAGCAAGGUAGAAAAGAAAGCAAACCUGACUUCCAGCAUGGUGGGGAACAGAGCUGCCACUCUGAAAAGAGAAUCUGUGGAUCCAGAGGCCAACAGAACCGAUAUUGUGAAAACCCAGAAUGUAAAGCAGAAAGAAGAUAGCCCAAAUUCUCAGGUAUCCAAAUUACGAGAGAAAUUGCAGCUGAUCAGUGCUCUCACAAACAAACCUGAAAGCAAUAGUCCUCCAGAGACUGCAGAUGAAGAACAAGUGCAGAAUUUUACAUCAAAGCCUUCAGCAUUGCCAAAAUUUUCACAGUUUCUUGGAGACAAAAUUGAGAAAGCUACCCAGUUAAAACCUAUCUCCCUACCAGGAAUUUCUAGCCUUGAAGAUCUUCAGAAUUUGUUCCACAAGACUGGCCAGGAUAUGAAUGGGAAGUUGACCUACCAAGAAAUCUGGAAUCUCCUAGGCUCUUCUAUGCCAGAACAAGAAAGCUUGAGAGCAUUUGAUUCCAAUUCGGAUGGAAGAUACUCAUUCCUGGAGCUAAGAGUAGCUUUAGGUGUCUAGCUUCAUCAGGCAUACUUGGAAAUGGAGAUAGACCCCUAACUACCUAAAAUCUAUUUACUCGACAUAAACAACCAUUUUUCCUAUCCAGCUGCCCCUCAUGUCCUCCAAACUAUUGUAGCAGACACAUUGCCACCUUUUAACUUGUUUGAAAAAACUAUAUAAAAAUUAUUUUUUUAAAAAAGAAAACCAUAUUACUUAUAAUAUGAUAGUCAGAAGUCUUAUGGUUUCUUGAAACCAGUAAGCUUUUACAUUUUGAAAUUACCAGGAAAAAAAAAAGCCCCCUUUUUUUUUCUCUCUCCUUUUUUUAAGGAGGAGACCUUAUCUUUUAAAACUGGAAAGUGUAUAUAGAAAGAGAAUAGCUACCUUUUAUAUUUCAUAUAAAUUUGCCUUAAAUUAGCUGCACUUUAUAGAGACUCAGAAACUGUCUUUUCUUUAAAAGAUAGACCUUUUCUGCUUGUAAAUAUUUAAAACAAAAGAAAAGUUGUGCAUAUUGUAUGAAAAGUAGGAAGAAAGGUUUUGAACAGGAUGUGAACAAAUGACUUAUUAAAGUUUGUUAAUCUGAUCUGCAUAGCAGUUAAAACUAUGUCCACAUCUCCUUAAGGUAUCCCUCAGCCCAGGUGCUGCCAUGGGUUUUGGCCUGGGAGCUGAGGGAAUUGAUUCAGGGAAUGGACACUGGAGAUAGCCUAGCUCCAGGCUCAGGAAAGUCAGAUUCUGGGUCUUUGUUCCUGCUCUCUCAGUUAACCUCAACCUAGAAUCAGAGAAGUCUUGUUGAGGAUCUUUCUCAUUUUUAAUCUUCUGUUAGGGUUUUUGAGCAUUAAAAAGUUAUCCAGUGGGGAUCUGUAUUUUCCUCACAAGUAAGCUAGAUUAUCUCCCCCUACCCACAACUCAAGUCUAUCUUAGAGCUAUAGCUGGCUCCUACCUUCAGAAUGCCCUCCAUUCUAUUACGGCAGAACCCAAGUCCCUUGUCACCAUCACAAACUGGCCACCAGAAUACUUGAAGAAUGCUAUGCUUAUGGUUUUGACUCUAGAAGCUAUACCCCUUGGAAUUUUACAUGGGGGCUAACUGAGAACAUGAUAAAUUCCUUGGUAGGAUGACUAAUGCAAAAAAGAGUAUGAAGUGAAAAUCAUAUUCAUCAGCUCAGAACUUGUUAUUAGUGGUUCUCUGCCCAGAAGGUGCCAAACUAUAGCAAGCAAGCCUGGAGCAAGAGUCCUCACAAGAUGGUAGAAGCCCUUAAAUACUUCUUUGGACUUGCCACAAAAGGUCCCUGGGCCGGAAGGAUAAUACAUUCUUGUCAUCUCUACACUGAGUUAGACUCAUGAGUUGGUGUUGUUCCUAGGAGCAGUCUUUGGGCAACACUAAAGGAACACUUAACUUUACCAAAUUUAAUUUUGCUGUAGCCAAGUCAGGGAGAAACUAGAGAAGCUUUUUAGUAGAGAACAUUUCCCUUUAACUUAUCCAAGUUGCCAUCAGCCGUGGAUGCAGUCCAGUACCCUUACAUAUUUAAAGGUUAGUUUUUUUUUCUUUACAUGAUAGCUUUGUGUUGGCUAACUUUUUUUUUCAAGAAGUAUUAAAGUUUAAUUAAAGUGAGACAAAGUCUUUCCGUGAAUAUAUAUACUUAUGUCAUGAUUUAUGUUUUUCCCAUUUAAAUUUUUUUCCCUUAACAUUUACCUUGCCCAUUUAUGCUAUUUCAUUUUCUUGGAAAGGUUAAUAAAAUAUAGUUUAAAAGUAGCCUGGCACUUUAGGUAACUUGAAGAUAACUCUUGGUCUUCUAGCUGCCUUCCCUGCCCUCCCUCCCCCCUCACAACACACUUUUUAAUAUAUACUCUCUUACAAAUUUUGUAACAACCAAAUAAAGUUCUAGCAAUAAAUUGAAUUAUACUGCUAUAUUUGUAUACACCGUACCAUAAAUAGUGUGUCUGUACCUGGAAGGUAUUUUUUUGAGAACUGAUUUAUAUGAAAUAUAUUGAGGGUAAUGUAGCUUGUCCUUUUUAGUUUUGAGUUCUUAUUCAUAGGCAGAUACUUUCAGGACACUUUAACUCUUUGUGGUAUGUACUUUUGUUUUGCAUCUCCUUUUAGUUUUUCUUCUUCUCAUCUGGAGCUUGUCAGCAAGCAUCACCCCUGAGCCAUGUGUAGUGCCAUCCCCUCCCCUACCAAGUCAGCAGUGUCUCCAUACUGCACUUGGUCCCAUGAUACCAUGUCAUUUGUCCCAGACAGAGGUAGAUAUCUUGACACUACCUUUGUUCAAAGUUGAACAGACUCACUGGCUUAAGAGCCACAGCAGCCUAUCACACAAUGUUGAUUUGGGAUUUUCAUUUGUAUGUUGUCCUAAUUUAUUAGCCUGUGCCUGCACUGAGCAAUAGUGAAGCCUCACCGGCCACAUCUCAGCGUUGAGAAAGAGAUUGGGUAGUAGUGAGUUUGCCUUUGGUUUCAAAUCCUUUUAUCCUUAAAGUCUGGUGAUUCCUAGGGCUUCUCUCCUAAUUUUCAAAACUAAUUUGUUUUGUUGACUCAUGCUUUCUGGAGUAAUGUUUACUUAAAGAACUUCCUCAAGUCCAAUAGGGUAGCUCACACCUGUAAUCCUUGCUCUGGGGAGGCUGAGGCAGAAGGAAGGAUCAAGAGUUCAAGACCAAUCUGAACUCGUAAACCAGUCAGACAAGUAAUGUGGAAAUAAAGCCAAAGGAAGAGAACACCUGGCUUCAAGAUGAAUUCAGGUUGUCUGAAGGCAGAGAGUGCCUGGCCUUCAGAAAUGGGUCCUAUGCAACAAAGCCAAAGAAGUGGGCGCCCCCUACUUCUGCAUUUUGCCUUCCUUGUGGUUUCCUUUCUUUGCCUUUGCUGGUCAUCGCUCCUCAGCAUCCAGCCUGCCAGUCACAGUGCAAGGUUUUGAUUGUGAUGGGCUCAUGUUCACAAUGGCCUAUUUUAGUGACAGCUUUUGUUUGCUACACACCUCAUUGGCUUGCUUGCCAACACCAGCUAGAUGUGUGUCCUUUCAUUUCCAAACCAGAACACAUUUGUGUAUUCCUGUGAUUUGAUAGAGCAUGUAUUGUAAAUGAACCUAACCUACCUUGUUUUCUCAUUUUAAGAAAUGUAAAUCUACUUUGUUUUAGAGGAUCGAUUUUGGAAAUGGAUAAAUGAUUUUGGUUCUCUUAAGGAAUUAAUCAAGGGUUUCAUGACUUGAGCUUUGCCAUUUUAAUUUGUCUAAAUAAAAUAUUUCCUUCCUUUCAA